GGCGAGGACGUGAGGAAGUGCGGCUACCUGCGGAAGCAGAAGCACGGGCACAAGCGCUACUUCGUCCUGCGGGCCGAGAGCCACCUGGCCCCCGCCCGCCUGGAGUACUACGACAGUGAGAAGAAGUUCAAGAGCAGCCUGCGGGCGGGGGGGGGCGGCGGGGCCCUCUGCUGCCCCCCGCCCAAACGGGUCAUACCUCUGUACCAGUGCUUCACCGUCAGCCGGCGGGCUGAUGCCAAGCACAAGCACAUCAUUGCCUUGUACACCAAGGACGAGUACUUUGCCAUGCUGGCCGAGAACGAGGCUGAGCAGGAGGCCUGGUACGAGGCCAUCAGCGAGCUCAUGAGCCAGAGCAAGAGGGGCUUCCUGGAGCAGGAGGACCACGCUGAUCAGCAGUUGGAUGAGGAUGACGAGCACUAUGGUGCCACCCUGAGACCCGGCACUGUCUUCAAGGAGGUGUGGCAGGUCAAUGUUAAGCCCAAAGGGUUGGGACAAACAAAAAACCUCACUGGGGUUUACAGGUUGUGCCUCUCCAGCAAGGCCAUCCACCUCGUCAAGCUGAACUCAGAGGUGCCCUCUGUCCACUUGCAGCUAAUGAACAUUCGCCGUUGUGGACACUCUGAGAACUUCUUCUUCAUUGAAGUGGGCAGAUCUGCCUCCAUUGGGCCUGGAGAACUCUGGAUGCAAGUGGAUGAUUCGGUGGUUGCCCAGAAUAUGCAUGAAACUUUUCUGGAGACCAUGAAAGCUCUAAAGGCCUUUGCAGAGUUCAGGCCCCGGAGCAAGAGCCAGUCUUCUGGUGGUGGAAGUGGUACUAAUCCUAUUUCCUUCAUCACCACUAGGAGGCACUUGGGCAACCUGCCCCCCAGCCAGACGGGCUUGCAGAGAAGGUCGAGAACUGAGAACGCUGCUGGAGGGACUCCUCCUACCACCAAAAGCAGCAACUCUUACCGCUUCAGAACAUCCAGUGAAGGAGAAGGAACCAUGACCAGACCUUUUAGGUCAGUGACUGGGAGUCUGAUCCACCUGAAUACUGCAAGGAUGAAUUUGGGCCGGCAAGAAGGGAGUGGAAGGUACGUGAGGGCCACUUACAGCUCAUCCUACCACACCAGGUCUGCUUCGCUGCCUGUUUCUCAUUUUCCCUCCACUACAAGUCCCAUCAGUGUUUCUUCCAGUAGUGGCCAUGGCUCUGCUUCGGACAUGCUGACCAGGCCUUCUAGUUCAUCUGUUUGUGGUUCCCCAAGCGAUGGGGGUUUUAUUUCUUCUGAUGAAUAUGGCUCCAGCCCUGGAGAUUUCAGGUACUUCCGGGUUAGGAGUAAUACACCGGAUUCCCUGGGAAACACACCACCCAUCAGAGAGGAGAACUGUCUGAGUGAAUAUAUGUCCAUGAGUAAGCAACAGGCAGAUGACAGCUCAAGGGAUGAUUAUAUGGAGGCUGAAAAAUGUUUCAGGAAAAGAACUUACUCUCUAACAAAACCAACUUCUGUAGCAGUGCAGCAGAAGACAACACAAACCACAGCUUUGUUGGAUGAAGAUUCUGCAGGAAGUCAUGGACGAUUGCUUUACUCUGAAACACCAAAAUCAAAAGAUAACCAUGAAUUGGAGUACAGUGAUGCUAACCUUGAUUCCGUAUGUAACCAAAGUAGGAGUAAAGCCAGGGAUGAUGGAUACAUGCCAAUGAUGCCAGGAGUUGCACCUUCUCUAUCCAGCAACAGUGAUUAUUUGCCAAUGACUCCUAAAAGUAUGUCUGUUCCAAAACAGAUUAACAAUUCAUGGUCACCAUCUCAGGUUGACUCCAGAGGAUAUAUGAUGAUGUUUCCAAAGGCUAGCUCUUCGCCUGUACGAAGUCCUUUAACUGGAUUUAUUUCUAAAGGAAGUAAUGAGAAGAUUGUAAACAAUGAGUACAUGGAUAUGUCACCUGGUAAUUCAGCUCCAAAGCACCCCGGUGAUUCUAAUUAUAUUCACACCACUUCAGUUUCUAAAGGUUUCAGUUCAUAUUUUUCUUUGCCCCGAAGCUUUAAGGCAUUAUCAGGACAAAAUGGUGACCACAGUGAAUAUGUUCCAAUGUCUUCACCUGGAAAACUCUUGUAUGGUGGACCAGAAAACAUAAAAGGGGUCAGCAGUGAAGCUCUGGCUAAUGGCAUCUCUAAACCACCAGUGGUGAAAGGUUCAGAUGAAGGACUUGUGCAGAACAGGGCUACUCGGCCCACAAGGCUCCCCCUAGGUACUAGAGGGAGUAACACUAUCCCCAGAAUGUAUGAUCGUACAGUUCCACCUGAGCCAGCAAGUCCUGGUGAAUACAUAAAUAUUGAUUUUAAUGAAAAGGCAAGUAAUACACCAUAUUCCUUAUCUGCAGAAGGAUCACCAUCAUCUCUAGGCUCAAGCAGUGACCACAGACAGUCUCCGCUUUCUGAUUAUAUGAGCGUUGACUUGGAUGUACAGUCACCAAAAGCAGCAAAGGAACUGUCCAAUUCUUUAACAGAUAUUUCCAUUUAUGCAAGUUCCAGUAUUCCUAGAAACCAACCAAAUCCUGACUACGCCAGGCUCUCAUUUGGCACCGCUUGUGUUAGCACUGCCAGUAACAGGACUGAUGACUACACGGAGAUGACAUUCAACAUGGCAGCAACACCGCCACGGCCAUUUGCCACCGAGGCUGAAGAUGGUGUGAAGAUCGAGAGCCCUUCUUCCAUAGUUAAUAGGCUGUGCAUUGUUGAUCGAUACGCUGGUAGCAGUAGCUUCUCUGUUCCCAAUCCUGAACCUCCUAUGGGACCGAAAGUGAUUCGAGCUGAUCCUCAAGGCAGGAGGAGACACAGUUCUGAAACGUUCUCUUCUGCUGGGACUGUGACCACCUCCUCCUCUUUCUUUACUGACAGUGGCAAAAGACACAGCUCUGCCUCAUUUGAUAAUGUUUGGUUAAAACCGGAUGAAAACAUUUCUGAUGGUCAGGAAAGCAAAAUGUCCCGGGAUACCUCAACUGGAUUUCAGAAUGGCUUAAACUACAUCGCUCUGAAUUUACGCGAUGAUCCUAUAAGCUGUGAGGCAAGUACUACAGCACCAACUUGCCAUCUCCAAAAUGGUACUUCAGGUUUGGACAGUGGAGCCUACGUAAGCAUAGAUUUCAGCAGAUCUGAUGGUCUGAAGUGCAGCGCUGCGAGAAAAGACUGACUGCAUUGCCAUGGAAACCAUUGUGGGAAGAGAAGACUUUUCUGCUGGUAACUCCAGAAACUGUGUGGUGCUUUUGGAAGCAAAGCUCAGCUCCAGCCGGCUACUUUCAUUUCCACCAGCACGGACAUUGACACACAUCCUUUUAAUUAAUUUUUUCAUAGGCAUCAGCUCUCUACAGUUUAAUUCAUUUGAAUUGAGAUUUUUUUCAUAGCUGUGCUUUGGUGAUGGAAUUUGGUCUUUCAUGUCAUAUCUAUUUGGGAGGCAGUGUGAAUGCCAAUAGCAGAUCCCUGUGUGCCCCUUUCUUCCUCCUGCCUCUCCCAUUAAUUUUUUUUUUUUAAUUUAUGUUCUGAGAAGUCAAAGCUAGUUUCUGAUUGUCUGUUUAACAUGGUUUUGCUUCUCUGGUACGUUAACAAGUGGUUAGCUUAAAACAUGUAUUGUUUAGAAAUAUUUUGGCAGUUCAGGAUUUUUUUCAGGUGACUGGGCAGAAGGAAAGAGG